AUGGCCGACAACAAUCAAUCUGCGGGGCCGCAAAAUAAUCCCGUUGGCGGCGAACGCGGUGGUCGACGACGAGGUGGCGGGCGCGGAGGCUCUUCUCACAACUCGAAUCGCACAGAUCAUCACCGAAACGAGGGACGCACCGAAGGAGGAGAAUCCAGAAACUUUCGCGGUCGAGGAGGCGGUAGAAGAGGUCGAGGCCAUGAACACAACAACCCAACCCGAGCCCCCGGAACGUCUGUAGGUGGUGGGCAACCACCUGGUGAAGAUCCUGAUGGAACAGGCACCUCCGGUGAUCACCCGACUGGAGAUGCCAUAAAGGGGGAGGGUGAAGCGACAAAGACAGGCAAGCAAUUGGUCACAACCGCCACGGACGAGCCCGACGACGGCGAAGUAUGCUUUAUUUGUGCUUCGACUGUUGAGCAUACCUCCGUGGCUCCGUGUAAUCAUAGGACUUGCCAUAUCUGCGCGCUUAGGUUGAGGGCUUUGUACAAGAAUAAAGCCUGUGCGCAUUGUCGGACUGAGUCGCCGUUUGUGAUAUUUACGGAUGAUCCGAAUAAACGUUUCGAGGACUUUAAAAGUACCGAGUUAUCCCGGACUGACACGAAUUUGGGCAUCAAAUAUGAAAAAGACGAGAUUUAUGAAGAUACUGUUAUUCUGUUGCGAUACAAUUGUCCGGAUAAGGAGUGUGACGUUGCCUGCAUGGGGUGGCCGGAUUUGCACCGUCAUGUUAAGAGUAAGCACGGAAGAUCCAUGUGCGACCUGUGUACUCGGAAUAAAAAAGUCUUUACACACGAACACGAACUGUUCACUAUCGCACAACUUCGCAAGCACGAAAAGCUUGGAGAUGAUACGCCCGGUGCUAUUGAUCAAAGUGGAUUCAAAGGCCACCCCGAAUGUGAAUUCUGUCACGAACGUUUCUACGGGGAUGAUGAAUUGUAUGCCCACUGCAGAGACAAGCAUGAGAGAUGUCACAUCUGUGACCGACAGCCUAACAAUCGCCGCCAUCAGUACUACAUCAACUACGACGCUCUCGAGGAUCACUUUCAGAAGGAUCACUUUUUGUGUCUGGAUAAGGAAUGCUUGGAGAAGAAAUUCGUCGUUUUUGAAAGUCAGAUGGAUCUCAAAGCUCAUCAGCUGGAAGCACAUCCCAAUGGGCUUUCCAAGGAUGCUCGACGAGAUGCCCGUAUUGUAGACAUAUCUACAUUCGAUUAUCGAGCCCCUUAUCAACCAGGACGACGAGGCCGUGGUGGUCGAGAUGGACGGGAAGGACGUGGCGCCGGAAGAGGUCGCGAUCCCAAUGCAGACUCACUUCCUCUCUCAAGCGCCCAGCCAAUGCGAAGAGACGAACUAGCCUACCAACGACAGAUGGCCAUUCAAAGUGCACAAUCCGUCUCUACUCGAAGCUUCGGUGGACAACUCACCGCGCGCGAGCCCGCUCCGGCUCCUGCUCCUCGAUCACCUGCUGGACCUCUACCUGGCCAAACUACCACCCCAGGCCCUCGCGCUCCUGCAGCCCCAGUCAACGCCAUGGAAAACAUGAGCUUAAACAACACCGCAAACCUGGCCUCCCUCUCUCCUCAGGACCAAGCUCGUCGCCUCCGACACGCCGCAGUCAUCGAGCGGGCAUCCAACCUCCUCCAAAACGACGCUUCCAAGAUUUCCGAAUUCCGCACCAAAGUCUCCAACUAUCGCACCUCUCUCAUCUCCGCAACCGAUCUCAUCGAUUCCUUCUUCUCAUUGUUUGACACCCCAACCUCCGAGCUGGGGAAACUAAUCAAAGAACUCGCCGAGAUCUACGAAGACGACGCCAAAAAGACCUCCUUGCUCUCAGCAUGGAAUAACUGGCGCGCCAUCAACGAGGAUUAUCCUGCGUUACCAGGACCACCCGGCGUGCUCCCGGGUUUGUCAGUGGGUACAACGGGCUCCGGCGGAAAGCGCGUGUUGCGUCUCAAAUCGUCUACGGCGCAAUCGUCGCGCUCGGCAGUUGGUCGCGCAGGUAGUCUCUCGAGUACUAGUAGUACUAACCCGUUCCCACCGCUGUCCGCACCUACAGCUAAACGUGCCAUUGUUGCUGCUGCGAAUGCGCCUGUCUGGAAUAGUACACCGCCUACCCGUCCAUCCGUGACGACAACAUCAUCAUACGCGCGCCCCGCGCCCCGCGCAUCGACGGGUCCAGCGCCUCGAACGACGGACCGAAAUGCAUUCCCAGCUCUACCUGCUGCUCCCAAGCCGAAUACGUUAAUGGCCGGCUUGACGCGUGGAACAGUACGAUGGGAUGAUCGUCGAGGUCCGGCUCCUGCUGCUUGGGGCGCAGAAACUACGACUUCUGGUGCUUCGACUCCGGGAGAAGGCGAUGAGUCUGUUGGAGGGAAGAAAGGGAAGGGGAAGAAGGGGAAGCAGAUUUUGUUUCAGUUUGGAUAG